CAGAAGGAAGUGAGGUUUUCGUUUAUUUUUCUCGUUUUAAUUGAUAGUUACAAGGUGUGAAACAUUCUCGUUACAGCGGGAACCUGCGGAGAAAGAAAGUUGACUGCAUCUGAGCUGAUUGCUUAUGGAUACAAGGCACGGGCUGGUGCGUGGCCAUGGCACGGUGCAAUGUUUCAUAGACACAACCUAGGUGUGACCAAGUAUGCGUGUGGAGUGACGAUUUUGACGGAGCAAUUUGUAUUAACGGCAGCUCAUUGUACGUAUGACGGAUGGCAAAGGCUUCCGGCGGAUCGAGUAUUUAUCAAAGUGGGAUUUAGCAACCUGGACUCACCGGAGGACCAUUCGCGGCAGUUUGAUGUUGACAAGAUUAUUCGACACGAUGAUUACGACAAGGAAACGUUCGAAAAUGACAUCGCGUUGCUAAAACUGUAUAGUGAAAUUACCUUUACUAACUACAUACAGCCUGUAUGUUUGUGGCAGGGUGAUACACAGUUGAGCAAAAUAGUCUCAAAAAUAGGAUACGUAGUUGGAUGGGGACUUGAUGAAGGCUACAGCUUGCCCAAAUAUUUGCUCGAAGCGACUAUGCCAAUAGUGUCAAGCAAAGAAUGCAGGGAGAGUGAUAGGUGGUAUUACAACAAGUAUUACUUCGAGUCAAAAACAUUUUGUGCAGGAUGCCACGUUGGCUCCCAUGUCAGCCAUGGUGACAGUGGAGGAGGAUUGUAUUUGCGAAUGGGCUCGAACUGGGUUUUACGUGGAAUUGUUAGUAAUUCUAAAAUAAAUGCAAGCACAUUAAAAGUACAGGCAGACAGUUACAGUAUAUUCACAGAUGUUACUUACUAUUUAAACUGGAUCAAAACAAAAGUGCCUGACAUACCUUAUUUCGCAGCAAAUACAAAGCUAAUUAUUGAAACUGAAACACAGCAAGAAAGAGAAGAACUAGUGAACCUGGCGUUGAUCUUGAACGCGGAAGCUGCGGAAAGCUGCGGAGAAAAGAAGGUGGAUGCGCAACAGCUGAUUGCCAAUGGGUACAAAGCGUUCGCCGGUUCAUGGCCUUGGCAUGGCGCCAUGUUUCAUCGAUACAGAAAAAUUGGGGCUUUAUAUGCUUGUGGAGUGACGAUUAUGACUGAACGGUUUGUGAUAACAGCAGCUCAUUGUACGAUUGAUCCGAAUGAAAGACAAAAACUCUCGGCAAACCGUGUGUUUAUAAAAGUGGGCAUAAGCAAUUUAGAUUCACCGGAGAGACAUGUACAACAACACGACGUUGACCUGAUCAUACGUCACGAAGAGUACGAUGAGGUCACUUUCGAAAAUGAUAUCGCGUUGCUGAAGCUCUACAGUGAAAUCACCUACAAUAAUUACAUACAACCCAUCUGUCUAUGGCAGGGUGAUACUCAGUUGAGCAAAAUAGUCUCACAAGUAGGAUACAUAGUAGGAUGGGGACUAAACGAGGACUACAGAAUGCCACAAGAUUUGAACGAGGCAACGGUUCAAAUUGUAUCCCAGAGGGAGUGCAUUGAGAGUGAUAGGAGUCAUUUCAGCAAGUUUUCCUUCGCGUCCAAAACGUUCUGUGCUGGUCAUCGCAAUGGAACUCAGAUCACCCAAGGAGACAGUGGAGGUGGACUUUUCAUACGUGUGGGUUUGAACUGGGUUUUACGUGGAAUUGUCAGUAACGCUCGACAUGAUGGUUCUUUUUUACGCUUGUCCGAAGAUAGCUACGUUGUUUUUACUGAUGUUGCAUUCUACCUGAGCUGGAUCAUCUUCUUCUUCUUCUUGGCCUGGAUCAUAUCAAAAGUAACAAUCAUGACCAGUUUUACCAUUGACAUAGAACCAAUCGUAGAACAUCCAGGAUCAACUUCAUUAGCUAGUUCUGGCAGUCAAGCCAACCUGCUACAAAUAGCAAACUGUGGCAAGGAUACCUAUCCGUCAGGAACACCGGAAGAAGUGAAAGGAUAUCUAAAUCAGUACCCAUGGUUGGCCAUCAUAGAAUACAUCAACAUGAAAACCCUUGUCCUGAAGGAUGUUUGCCACGGAGUUUUGAUUCAUCCUAGUUUCCUCGUUACUUCCGCCAUCGUUCUGAAAAAGCGCCUUGCCGUCAUCCAAUCGGUAAGACUCAACGAUUACGAUUUGAAUACCGUGACAGACAUUUUCCAAAUCGAUGGCAAAACCAUUCGAACCACAGCGACGAGAAUCCCCGUUAGUGGCGUAUUUAUACAUCCAGACUACGAUACUCCCAAGUUUGGGAACAGUAUUGUGCUAAUCAAGCUAGAUAAACCAACAACUAUAACGCCAAUUUGCCUUGCCCCGAGAGAUGCAACCGACCUUUCCAAAGACAAAAAGUUCACCAUCAUCGGGUGGAAGCGUAAUAACCGUUCGGAGAAACCGAUUAUCCGAAAUGAGGUCCAAUUGGUCAAUUUUGCAGAUUGUCGGAGUAAAUACGCCGGAGAAAAGAUAGUGCUGGAUUCAACCGGAGGACAAGUUUGCGGCACCUAUUCGCACAAUGACGAUAACUCAAGUUGUUCGCACUAUCUGGCAUCGGCACCGUUCCAGUACAUGAAGAACGGACCGUUCGAGGGACGGUACUUCCUGGCGGCGAUGUUAUCGUUCGGUCACAGAAAUUGCAGGCGUGAUGAAUACCCGAAUGUAUUCACCAAUGUGGCGCACUAUUCGGAAUGGAUAUACGAGAAGGUUAAGCAGAAUGAGUGAUAUCUAUGAAACCACGUUGCAUGUCGUCGCGUACUGUUUUACCUAAUAAAACUUACAACGGUUCUAUUUACGUCAUUUUUUAGCUCUUGGCCACCUUUUCCACUGUAGUCACAUCUUUUUGUAUCGUCCGGAGCUCCCACGAACACAUUUUCUGCAGGGUUUUGCUAUCAAUCGUUCUAGUCAAUAGAUUCACUGUGAAGGACAACGAGCUCCAAGUUCUUCCUUUGCCUACUACGUUCUCCUGCAUAUCGUCUAAAUUCGCCGUUAAUAGCACAUGUCGCUCUAAUAAAUACUUCAAUGUAUGUACCUACAUGGUAAAUUUGGUGCGGGGUUGACUUCGAAAAGGGUUCAAUGUAAAAUAUCAAAUAUAUGGGCACAGUAACUGGGCUCUUCACUUGACAUUGGCAUCACUCUGGAAAGGAAUAACCCUUAAAAAAGAUUACCGAUAGCGGAUGUCCAAACCUUAUUUUGCGUUUGUUGUCAGCGGCACCUAUGAAUGCAGUUAUGAAUAAACUUGUUUUUUUUGGGUCGAUUGUGAGGAUCUCGUGAACAAGAUUAAACGACGUCAAACUGAUAUCUGUGGAUUUUGUAACUAUGAAGUUUACUGCCCCUAUUCGCAUAACAGUCCCAUGUUUGCUGAGUUUCCUAUUCACAUGGGACUGUUAUGCGAAUGGGGGUAGUUUAGUAUGUACAUAAUUAUUUGUGCAUUUUGUCUAGUACAUACAGUCGGAAUUCGUUGUACACGGUAUAUCAUCUCCUUUAGACCCACUGCGAUUUCUCGGCUUCCUUACAUCCGAUUAAGUUAUUUUUUGAGCGUAGUGGGUGGCACAGUGUAUAACGAAUUCCAAGUGUACAUAUAUCAACAAGAGUGUCGUAACUCCAUUUGAA